CAAAUAUGUUGAAAUGCAGAGACAUUCCACUGAGCGAAGAACAAGAAGAUUCCUUGGAAGACGACGAGUUCAUUCAGAGGAAACACAGCUGUACGAUAUUUCUCGGAUAUACUUCCAACAUGGUAUCCUCAGGAGUCAGGGACACAAUCAGGUUUUUGGCUGAACACCGUCUAGUGGAUUGCAUCGUCACCACGGCCGGCGGAGUUGAGGAAGAUCUAAUAAAGUGUUUGGCUCCGACAUACAUCGGGGACUUUCACCUCAAAGGAAGUUCCCUCAGAGAGAAAGGUCUGAACCGUAUUGGAAACCUACUGGUACCCAAUGAUAACUAUUGUUUAUUUGAGGACUGGAUCAUGCCUAUUCUAGACACUAUGUUAGAAGAACAGAAGAAAAAUGUAAGUUGUUUAUUUGGAACUUGGAAUAAUCUAGGCAAAACAUUGUUUCUUGUUAGAAGUUAA